ACGGCGCAAACAAGUCUUAAAUCUACCUUAUAUAGGGAUAUGGAACCCAGCCAAUUGAGAACUGAAGCCGCCGUAAGGCCGCUCUUGACGAACCUGGAUGACUUAGAGCACGUAGCGGAAGUUCAAGUUCUCGAAAUCCGUCAUAUCCAGGAACCGUUUCUCGACUCUGACUUUGGUCAUCGCGCCAGUCUUGGGGUCAGCGACCUCAAGCCAUCCAUACUCCCCGAAUUUCUCCUUUUCUUCUUCGGUCGUAGCCGCUGCUGCUGCUCCAUCACGGAUCUUGUUGCACCUAUUGAGGUACCAUCGGAGAGUAAGAAUGAUGAGGACUUGGACGCAUUGCGAAGUCUAGAGGAAAACAGAUAUUUACCGAUGAGCCACAUGGCGUGCAUUGUGAGCUUUUUAGUAUGUCCAGAGGUGGUGGUAGUGAUCCAUGAAAGGGAGAGGGCGGCAGCUGGACCAUUUGCGACUAAUCAGGGAAGACUUUUA